CUAAAUUUUUCAAAAUUUGUUUGGCAUAAUUUUAUUAGAAAAAUCAUCGUGAUGAAAGUCAUUUCAGCACUUUUUCUUGUCUUUUGCCUAAAUUUCGGACACGCAUACUACUUCCCGAUAUGCUCCGAGACAAGUAAAAACGAGAAAACCUGCACCCGUUACUUUACUUUUCCGAGGUUUACUAUCUCGACUGGAGAAAAUAUAGCCGCUGAAAGCGUUAAACAACCACCACAAUCGCUUAGGCAAUUUCUUGACCAGACUUUUGAUACGUACGUUGGGCCUUUUGUGGCUUUCUAUGUGCAUCAUGUAAGCCCCGUUUUGAACCACAUGGGGAUUGCCAUGGAUCAGGUUUAUAAAUUAGUGACGGAAAACUUGCCUGAAAUAAGCGACGAAUAUUACAUAGCACAAUAUUUGCCGUUUGUCAAAGUGAAAAAGGCUAAAGCUGAUAGCAGACUCUACUUCUUGUUCAUUCUGGCGAGUCUCUGCAUUUAUUUGAUUUUGUAUGUUUACUUUAGUAGAAAACUCUAUUUUUAUUACCAAUAUGCGAUCAGGAGGGAAUAUUUAUGUAACGUACAAAAGAUCUUCAAAGUAAAGGAAUAAUUUUUCUGUUUAAUAAUCGGCAAUUACGCAAAUCACAUUCCAUAGUCUCCAGAUAGCGACCAUUUGUAACGUUUACAUUUACAUCUUGUAACAGAAAAAUUUAAAUAAAGGUUUUGUUGUUUUUUUA